GGAAAAUCUUACAUUUUUUCUCCUGGAUCUCGCUCUCUCUCUGUUUGCAGAGUCACACUACAGCUGAUUUAGAUCUAUUUUGAUUGUUGAUUUGGUGAUAAGUAACUAUAAAUGGAUAAGGAGAAAUCUCCGGCACCUCCUUGUGGAGGUCUUCCUCCUCCAUCUCCAUCAGGUCGAUGCUCUGCAUUCUCAGAAGCUGGUCCCAUUGGUCAUGGAUCAGAUGCUAAUCGAAUGAGUCAUGAUAUUAGCCGUAUGCUUGAUAACCCACCGAAGAAGAUUGGACAUCGUCGAGCUCAUUCUGAGAUACUUACUCUUCCUGAUGAUUUGAGCUUUGAUAGUGAUCUUGGUGUGGUUGGUAAUGCUGCUGAUGGAGCUUCUUUCUCUGAUGAGACUGAAGAAGACUUGCUCUCUAUGUAUCUUGAUAUGGAUAAGUUUAAUUCUUCUGCUACAUCUUCUGCUCAAGCUGGUGAGCCAUCAGGAACUGCUUGGAAAAAUGAGUCCAUGAUGCAGACAGACUCAACUUCUAAUCCUCAGAAUACGCUUAAUAGUUUUGGCGAAAGACCAAGAAUCAGGCAUCAACAUAGCCAAUCUAUGGAUGGUUCAAUGAAUAUCAAUGAGAUGCUUAUGUCGGGGAAUGAAGAUGAUUCUGCCAUUGAUGCUAAGAAGUCCAUGUCUGCUACUAAACUUGCUGAGCUUGCUCUCAUUGAUCCGAAACGUGCUAAGAGGAUAUGGGCAAACAGGCAGUCCGCAGCAAGAUCAAAAGAAAGGAAGACGAGAUACAUAUUUGAGCUUGAGAGAAAAGUACAGACUUUGCAAACAGAGGCUACAACUCUCUCAGCCCAGCUGACUCUCUUACAGAGAGACACAAAUGGCUUGACUGUUGAAAACAAUGAGCUGAAGCUGCGGUUACAAACAAUGGAGCAGCAGGUUCACUUGCAGGAUGAACUAAACGAAGCACUUAAGGAGGAAAUCCAGCACCUGAAGGUGUUAACUGGCCAAGUUGCUCCAUCAACGCUGAACUAUGGGUCGUUUGGAUCAAACCAGCAAUUCUAUUCCAACAAUCAGUCAAUGCAAACAAUCUUAGCUGCAAAACAGUUCCAGCAACUUCAGAUUCAUUCACAGAAGCAGCAACAACAACAGCAACAACAACACCAGCAACAGCAGCAGUAUCAGUUUCAACAGCAACAGAUGCAACAGCUUAUGCAGCAGCGGAUUCAACAGCAGGAACAACAAAAUGGAGUAAGACUCAAGCCUUCUCAACCCCAGAAAGAGAGCUGAGGAAUAUGAAUAUGUCCACUUAAGUGAGAGGGUAUUGGCGUUUAGGUGCUAAGAAGAAAGCCUUUUGGAAGAAAACAUUUGGAUAGCCCAAAGAAACAGAGUUCCUUGCAAUGCAAUGCACUGCAAUUAUUAGUUGUUUGGAUUUGGUUAUUUGGUAUAGAGACUGGGUCUCGAAAUCAUAGUAUGUAAAAAAAUAUAAUCACGUUAAUUUG